GCACGAACGCCGAUGAGCCAGCAACACGGCCCCUGUGAGCUCACAUAUCGGCCCGAACCACCGCGACCAUCAUGUAUAUAGAAGUAUCGUUGACAAUGAAGCAUCUCAAAAGCUUGCUGUUGCUGGUGGCGGUCGGCGCGUCCGUGUGGCAUGUGCUGGCGGACGAGUCGGAGGAGGCUGGGAGUCCGCUGCCUACCGUGAACAUCGGCGUCAAGUUCCGACCAGACUCCUGCGACCCCAAGACAAAGGUCGGCGACUGGGUCGGCGUGCACUAUGUGGGCAAGCUGGAGAACGGCGAGGAGUUUGACAACUCGAUCACCCGCGGCGAGCCCAUUGAGUUCCAGCUGGGCGCGCAGCAGGUCAUUGCCGGCUGGGAGACAGGCAUCCUGGGCAUGUGUGUGGGCGAGAAGCGGCGCCUGCACAUCCCGCCCCACCUGGCCUACGGCGAUGAGGGCGCUGGCCCAAUCCCUGCCGGUGCCAGCCUGGUGUUCGAUGUGGAGCUGGUCCGCAUCACCGACACGCCGCAGUCUCCCCCCGAGGAGUACGAGGAAUACCAGCAGUACAACCCGCCCGGUACGCUGGGGCUGUACGACGAGGAUCACGAGGAGGAGGACACCGACGACAUGAUGUGGACGUAAGGCCCGGGCGCUCAUGCAGCGGAGAAGGCAGCGGCGGCGGCGGUGCCAUGGUGCGUAUGGGGGGGCACACGUGUGUUAACAAGCACAAGGAAAACAUAGCGCAAAGACAGUGUAUGCAAUGCAGCAAAGCGACCGUUUACGGAUGGGGGAGCACACGUGUGUGCCUGUGGAGCAGCCGGCAGCUGGCAGCUCGUGGUCGAGGCAUGUGUGUCCAGUGCUUGUGUGGCUGCAGCAGCGGCUGGGUGGGCUUAGAAGGGGGCUUGGGACUGGGGGAUAGACUGGCGGGGGCGGCCGCGGGGCGGUGAGGUGCGUUGCAGCGCUGGUUGUGCCUGCAGGGUUGACGGAGGCCAGAGGAUGGCGGCAGUUCAUAAGCAGGAACCAAAUGGGCUGAGGUGGGGGCUUCGAGACGGGGCUUCCAUGGAUUGAGAAUGAGAGGCUCAAAUUGAGCAGGACGCGCCGUGUUGAUUGAGACGGAGCUCUGAGCCUGGGGCCAGACCUUGCAUUGUCUGUAAGGAAGUGACCCU